CAUCUUGUCGCACCACAACUGCUGCACCGUCUCUCGUUUCCAUCACUAGACCGUUUACCCUCGAUCCCUGCGUUGCAGUUUCCUUCAAUUCGAUCGCUCGCUCGCCUUUGUUGCUCUUCUUCUACUUCUAAUAUACCCCUGCAUUGCGCUGCUGCUAGUCCGAUUCAUCCUACGGCUUUCCUUAUCGAACCCCCAUGAUUGCGCCGCCGUCUCCAGAAGCGUCCAUUCCUCAGCAUUAAUUCCACUUCUCUUCUGGGGCCGGCCAAGAGACAAAAGACUUUUACCGACUUUUCUUGUCUCGUCUUUUGCGACCUCGUUCCUCAUUCUCCCCCCCCCCCGCAUUGACGGAGCCGCAGCUGCGCAGGUCGAUCCAUCUCUCGCUGCGCAUUCUCCCAAGCCCCCCAGCCCAGUUAAACAACAAAUAAUAAGACGCCGCGCGAGACUCGAGUUCAUCCCCGUGGCCCGCAUGCUCUAAUGGGUCAAUACGGUGUAAUUCUCGAUGCUGGCUCUUCGGGCACCCGUGUGUACAUCUACAAAUGGAAAGAUCCCGCAAAGGCCCUGAAGCAGGCUUCUGCCUCCGAAGCUCACAUAUUACCAAAGUUAAAACUCCAUAAGAGCAAAAAGAUUCACCCGGGCGUUUCUACAUUCGCCGAAAAUGUCGCCUCCGUCGGUCCUGAUCACUUGAAAGCACUUAUCGACACAGCCCUCGACGAGAUACCAGCAUCGCAAGUCUCCGAGACGCCCAUCUUCCUCCUUGCAACUGCCGGUGUUCGGUUCCUACCCAAGCACCAGCAGACAUCGCUGCUGGAAGGCAUAUGCACAUAUCUCAAAGCCAACACGCAAUUUCAGCUUCCCGACUGUGCGAGCAAUAUUCAGGUCAUCUCGGGUGAAACAGAGGGCUUGUAUGGAUGGAUCGCUGCCAAUUACCUUCUUGGAGGCUUCGACAAGCCUGACGAACAUGCACAUGGCAAGGGCCACCACACCUAUGGUUUUUUGGAUAUGGGCGGCGCAUCCGCGCAAAUUGCUUUUGCGCCAAACUCAACAGAGGCAGAAAAGCACUCCAAUGAUCUCAAGCUGGUUCGACUUCGACGACUGGAUGGCUCUCCCGCUGAGUACAAAGUGUUUACGGCUUCUUGGCUAGGCUUUGGUGCUAACAAAGCACGGGAAAGAUUUGUUGGGAGUCUACAGGAGCAGUACGGCAGUGCGAAGGGCGAUAUCCCAGAUCCCUGUCUACCCAAAGGCUUGCGGACCACACUCUCGGGCGAGCCGCUCUCUGGUAAGGCAUCAGACGAUGCGCUUGUUGGCACUGGCAUGUUUGAGGAGUGUCUGCGCAAAACUUACCCGUUGCUUGGCAAGGAUGCUCCGUGCGAAGACGAGCCGUGUUUACUCAAUGGUCAACAUGUGCCUGCAAUUGACUUUGAUGUAAACCAUUUCAUUGGCGUUUCCGAGUACUGGCACACGACACAUGGCGUCUUUGGCCAAGAGAGCACGGUCUACGAUUUGAUUGCGUACGAGCAAGAGGUCAAUAAUUUUUGCAGUCAAGAUUGGUCGGUCAUUGAAAACGGGCUUGACAAGCGAAAAAAGACUUUGGAGGAAAAGGCCGAGAACGCCCGAGAGGCCUGUUUCAAGGCGUCUUGGCUGAUCAAUGUGCUAUACGAGGGUAUUGGCAUCCCCCGCAUUGGCUUAGGAGAUACUCCCAGCCACAAAGUCAAUGCAACCAAAGCGCUGGAAAAAGCUAGAGACAAGGGAUUCUUGGAUCCUUUCCAGCCAAUUGAUACGAUUGGCGGCGUCGAAGUCAGCUGGACCUUGGGCAAAAUGGUUCUCUACGCCGCUGGACAAAUCCCUCCCAAAGAGUCGCCGCUUCCUGUUGGAUUCGGAAGCAAUACAGGAUCCGAAAUCCCGGCUGAUUUUGAAUUUGCCGGGUCCAAGCCACUAUUUUCAAAUAUAGAUGACGACUAUGACGAUGACGACGAUGACAUUCUUACGGGUCGGUCUAUGCCCUUCUCCAGCCUGUUGGUGUUGAUGUUGAUCCUGCUCCUUAUUGCCUAUCUCCUAAGGAAAAGCGAAUUAGGGUCCAGAGUGAUUAACAAGUUCCGGCGUUACCGCAAGGCCAGGAGCUCGUCUUUUGUGAGAAGGCUCUUUGGCAGAAACUCUACGCCAUAUGAAAGAAUAAUGGAAGAGGGGGAUGCGGCAGAGUUCGAGCUGGGAGGCACAGAGUCUGACGAAACCGAUGGUUCGGAUGGUGGCGAGGUGUCAAGAUCCGUUCGAGGUUCUCGCUUAGCUGGACCGAGACUGAAUUUUGAGCGAUUUGACGACCUCAGGCCACCGUCAGUGAUGGACAGGCAUGGCCUUGUUGUACGAACGGAUAGCUGCGAACGACUGGCCCCUUCACUCCAGAUGCUGAAUGCUGGCCGUCGCAGUAGGACUGGCAGUCCGACACGGUUGAAGAAUUCAAUAAUACCCCAAGAGAGCUAGUAAUGAUUGUAAGAGGACGAGGGCAAACUCUCUGAAAGGAAAGUCAUGAUUGUAUGUUGGACAUGUCAAAGCUCAUGCGGGGAUCUUACGGUUGUCAGCUUCACUUCGUUACACAAAAACCGCCUUGUUUUGGAAAGGAUGUAUAUAGGGGUCUUGGGUGGACAGUAAUAUAAUGUCUUCAAGCCGGCUUGAGGAAAGACAUUCUCAUUCAGAGCGUAAUGAGAACCUAUUAUAGAUGGUAGUAUUAUGUUUUGAACCACAGAUAUUUAAUUAGAAGACCGUCCAGUUGUAUACCUUAUUUAUAGAAUUUGACUUGGGAUGAAAUUUAAUACUUAAAAUUUUAAAU